GCGGUCCGCAUUGCAGUGAAUCCUGGGCUUCCUUUACCGCUGGGCGGGUGGUCCGGUUGUGGAGGGCGGGACUUCCGGUCGCGACAGCGGCAGCGGGCGCGGUGGAGUCGCUCCACUGGGUCAGGAGUCGGGGGUUGGGGGUCACCCGGGCGCCAUGUCGUCCGCCCUGCGGGCUCUGCGGGCCGCGCUGCGCGUCUACGCGGUCGGCGUCGCGGUGGUGAUGACACAGCUGCUGCGCCGGCUCCGCGGGGGCCUCCGGCCGCCGGACCUCCCCCCGCAGCCGGGCCGAGUGGCCAUCGUGACGGGCGCGACUGAAGGCAUCGGGCGGAGCACCGCGCGGCAGCUGGCGCGUCUGGGCAUGCGCGUCAUCGUAGCGGGGAACCAGGAGGCGAGGGGACGGAAAGUCGUUGACUCCAUCAGGGCGGAGUAUGGGCGCGACAGUGCACACUUCCUGUUCCUGGACCUCGCCUCCCUGUCGUCCGUGUGCGACUUCGUCCGCGAGUUUUCUGCACUGGGGCUGCCGCUGCACGUGCUCGUCAACAACGCGGGCGUGAUGCUGGAGCCCCGCGGCGAGACCCAGGAUGGCUUUGAGCGCCACGUGGGCGUGAACUACCUGGGCCACUUCCUGCUCACGCUCCUCCUCCUGCCCGCCCUGCGGUCGGCCGGGAGUUGGGGGCGGGGCUCGCGCGUGGUCACCGUGGCCUCUGCCACCCACUACGUCGGUGAGGUGGACGUCAGGGACCUCGGCGGGUCGGGCCCCGCCUACUCGCCCCACGCGGCCUACGCGGGCAGCAAGCUCGCCCUGGUGCUCUUCUCGCUGCGGCUCCAGCUCAUCCUGGACGCGCGCGGCGACCCUGUCACCGCCAACAUUGCCGACCCGGGCGUGGUGGACACCGCGCUCUACCGCCACGCCUGGUGGGGCACGCGCGCCGUGAAGUGGGCGCUGGGAUGGCUGCUGUUCAAGACCCCGGACGAGGGGGCGUGGACCUCGGUGUACGCGGCGGUGGAGCCCAAGCUGGAAGGGGUCGGAGGUCGCUACCUGCUCGACGAGGCGGAGGCGCAGCCGCUGGCUGCUGCGCGGGAUCCGGAGCUGCAGCGCGCGCUGUGGGCAGAGAGCUGUAGGCUGACGGGUGUGGACGAAGAUGGCGGGGGCUCACUCAGUUGCCAUCGUGGCUCCCCUGUGCGACCUCCAUAACCUCAUCAUUCUCAAGGACGUGGUUUUAUCAUCGUCAUUGUGAUUCACUUUGUGGUUGACUGCUCCCUGGAACCACCUAGAUGACUUUGUGGUCAACCGCUUCCUGGAACUAGCCGGCCUACAUUCUUGGCCCUUUAAAUAAAAGCUUAUACACUAUAUAUUUCUACUAA